AAUCCUUAAAGACAAAGUAACAUCUAAUCCAACAUCUUUUUUUUCUUUACCAUAUCAUUCCAGCUUGGCCCUCUUUCUUUUUUGACACCUUUUUCUCUCCUUCCCACUUAUCUCCUUUAUCUAAAGUUAUUUGCUAUGUCUUUAAAACACUGAUCCUGUAUAUAUCAAUCACACUGAAAUUUCAACAAUAUCAUUACACAAUACUCUCUGAUAAUGGCCAAGGAAGCUUCUUUCUGUCUCUUGUUUCUCUCUUCUCUCUUAAUUUCAUGUUCUGGAUCUUUGGUGGGUUUUUCAUAUCAUGAGAGAGGAGACACAUUGACAUCAUUCCUCCAGCAUAGCAAAGUUUCUUCGUCUCAGAUUCGAGCUUUCGUCACAGAUCAUUGGAUUUUGAGCACUCUUACCAACUCAAAACUGUUAGUUGAUCUCUACUUAAACAAAAGCCAAGUUGAAAAAUUCAUUACUUCAAAACCUUCAGCAGUUUCUGAGCUAAAAGCUCAACUAGUGAACUUUCUUCCACAUUUAAACAUCAAAAGCAUCAUUGUUAGCUGUGGAAGUGAGUGCUUAUUACAAAAUGAGCUGCCUUUGAUUAUGCAUGCUCUUAAAUCAAUUCAUUCAAUUCUCAGUGAUCUUCACAUAAGUAAAGAAGUAAAAAUCUCGGUCGCAUUUCCACUUCAAGUCUUAAGGAAGUUGAAUGCAUCACAAGAACACGAAAUUCGUAGAUUACUUUCAUUUAUAAAGGAAACGAAAUCGUUUGUGAUGAUAGAAGACAACAUUGAUGGAGAAUUAAGAAUGGAUGACCAUUUUGUUCAAACUAUUAUCAAACGCGCUAAUCUUGCCGCUUCUGUUCUUCCUUGCAAAGAUGUUCCUUUGGUUCUUACAAUCAAGAGUUCAGUUAUACCAAGUUCAAUAGAAGUAACUCAAUUUAGUAAAAGAGUAUCGAAAUAUUUAGAAGCAAAAAGAAUAGCUGCAUUAUAUGUAGAACUGCAUACAACAGAAGAUUCUUCAAUGAAAGAGCUCAAAAGGGAAGAGGAAGGUAUGUUUCAUUUGUCUAGAAGAGAGAUCUUAAGCAAAUUCCACAGAAGAAAAAUUAUAGACAACACAAACAGUCCAACGAACACAGUUUACCCUACAAAUCCAACACCGGUUAUUACACCCUCAGAUACACCAACCAUUAUAGCAGUUCCUUCCACAAAUCCUGUCACAAUUUCCCCUACAAAUCCAGCUGCAAUGCCAGUAACAGUUCCUUCAACUACACCUGUUGUUCCUUUAGCUCCAACAACUCCAACCAUUACACCGGCACCGGUCUUCAAUCCAGCUACAACUCCUACAACAGUUCCAGGUGCACCACCAGUAACAUCUUAUCCACCUCCAGUAACAUCUUAUCCACCUCCAUUGGGAAAUGUUCCAGUGGUAAACCCUCAACAGCCACCUCCUUCAAACACAAAUGCUCCUUCUAUUCAGGGACAGAGUUGGUGUGUGGCGAAAACAGGUGCUCCACAAGCUUCCCUUCAAUCAGCAUUGGAUUAUGCUUGUGGAAAUGGUGCUGAUUGUUCUCAAAUACAACAGGGUGCAAGUUGUUACAGUCCUGUUACUUUGCAGAACCAUGCUUCUUUUGCCUUCAACAGUUACUAUCAAAAGAAGCCAGCUCCAACAAGUUGCGACUUUGGAGGCGCUGCUAUGUUAGUUAGCUCAAAUCCAAGUUCUGGUUCUUGCAUUUAUCCGUCAUCAUCUUCGUCGUCAUCGUCAACCUCAACUUCACCAAUGAUAUCAUCUCCAGCACCACCUACACAAUCAACUUCAACUUCAAUACCACCACCAAGUCUAACAACACCUUCACCAUCUAUUCCAACAAUAGCUCCACCAACAAUGUCAACAGCUCCAUCAUCAAUUCCAACAGCUCCACCAACAUCUUCAGGCACUUUUGGCUAUGGUACCCCACCUUCAGUGUUAAACUCAAGCAACCCAGCUUCAGGUACAAUGCCAGAUUUUGGGUCUGAUAGCCCUCCUAUUGUAAACACAACAUCGGCCUCACACCCUCGAGCUCUGAAACCUUUUACUGGCUGUAUAGUCUUGAUGAUUCCAUUUGUCACUGCAAGCCUCAGCAUGCGCCUAUAGAGUUUAGAAACAGGUUUUCCAUUCGGAUCAUCACACUACUCUAUAGACAUUCAUUAGAGUUUGUAACAUUACAUGCUGCAGUGUUAAGGUCUAUAGGUGCAGAAAGAAGGCAGAGUAAGAAAAGAAGAAAAAAUUACGUGCAUCCAUGAGCUGCUUAGAGUAUUUUAGGUUGUACAAUAUAUUAUGGUCAUUAUUGGUCAUGUACAUAUAUUUUGAGAGCUUAGGUUUUCUAUUGUUUUUUCAAGGUACAAUCUUGGUCUAUGUAGUUCAGUGUAAAUUGGUCAGAGUUGUUAUAAUUUGAGGUUCUAUCAAGAUUCAGAUGACCAAAAA